CGUAGUGUUAGUAUAGUAAUUUUUUGGUUGGUUCUUGUUUCUUUGAUUGUGUUUGUUUGAUGCUUUAGGUAUUUAUUUUGAUGAAACGAAUGUAUAAAAUCAUCUAGAUACCUACUUUAUAUGUAAACCUGCUCACUAAUGAUGGAAAAUGAUAAUUCAAAUGAUGUUAUUAUUACAAGCAGCAGUAAUAGCGAAAUCGACAACAUGAUCAAAAUACCGGCUGAUAAACCAUUGAUGCAUCUUUUCAAACGUCUAAUUGGUGACAAUAAACAGAGUACAAUGUUAACAAAUACACAGAUUAUAAAUAUCCUCCAAAAAGAACUUGACUUUAAUGUUGCAUUCUUGCAUGAUCUAGAAGUGGAGAUAUAUCUGAAUCUUGUCAAGAAAUUUCUAAAAGACUGGCCACAAUGGGAUCCCUUUGAUAUAUCAAUCAACAAGUUAAAAGAACAAAGGGAUUAUGACUCUAUAAGAUCACUAUUGCAUGACACUCAUCUCAAAUUAAAACACUAUUUAAAAGAAAUACUUCAUAAAGCUACACCUAUAAUGAAAAGCAUGAUAGCUGAAUCUAUAGAAAAAAAUAAAAAUGAUAACACAAAAUUUAAAUCUGAUAAUAAUGUGUUCAUGGAAAUGUACUGCUCUCGAGAGCAACUGAAUGUACUUAUUCUAAGGAGGCCUACUUCAAAUAACUCUAUUUUCAAUAUUAUUGACGGUCCUGUGUUUAAAAAUAAUUUGUCUUACAAAUCAAUCUUCAACUGGUGGGAUGUACAGAUUGAUAUUAAUUUGAAUUGUUUUGUUUAUAAACGGGAAACUCAACAUGACCUUAAACACACAUUAGUUAAUAAGAAAUUGAAUAAAGACCCAAAUUAUGCACAAGAAUUGAAUGCUAAUUGGCAAUGUAGGGCAAAGAAAAGUGGUUUCGUUGAAAUCUCUGAUAUAUUAAGGAUGAUAAGCAGAAUAGUCCUUCACUACAAUAAAAUAGACAAAUUUAAAGUCAUGGUUGAGGCUGUUUUUGAGCAAAUUUCUCUAGAUUUAAAUGGAGCUCCAGAUAGUAUAAGAUUAUUCUCAGAUUUCCGUCGACACAUGAGUACAUAUCCAUAUGUUAGAUACUUGUACUCUGAGCAUGAUGGUGAUUUACCGAUAGAGGGUAAUGUUUAUGAUUUACAGUUGAAGGAGGUUAUAUCACCUCGUUUUCUAUUUGUUUUGAGUAAACUUGAGUUUACAGAUGAUGUAUUUCCCGACAAUUUAGAUUGGAUUACAGUGAAAUGUGGCCUGUGUAAAGAGAAAAAUGAGUCAUUUUCAGGGAUGGACUUGGAAUAUUCAAUGGUAGAUCAUUUUUCUAAAUUUCACAGCAAUGAGCCUGAUUGGCGAUGUGUUUCUUGUAACCAAAAGUUAAGCAUGCUAGAGCUUGCGGAAAAUCGUUGGGAGCAUAGUUGUUAACAGACUGUAAAAACCCUGAAUGCCACUUUUACUAAAAGUUGAUUCAUGUAUAAAAUUUAAAUGACAAACAAGGAUUUGUUUCAAUAAAAUAAUUUAAGCGUUAUACUUUAGCUGUUUAAUGGAAUGAAGAUAAGUGUUAAGUUACCUAAAGUGUUAUUAGUAAAUAUACGUUUUUAUAAAUACACACAAUUUUUAAGAGGAAAA